AUAUUUGUCCUCCCCGCCACUAGAGGGAGACAAGGCAGCCAUUUUGUAUUCCUCUCAUGUUCCGGUCAUGUGAUGGCGGCAUCAAGGUUACCACCGACUGCUCUUUCUUUAAAACAGUUUUUACAGAGGAAGCAAGUGUUGGGGAUAUACAGGAAUAUGUUGAGGACCAUACGGCAAGUACCAGAUGAGCGCGACAGGAAGUACCUGAGAGACUGGGCAAGGGAUGAAUUCAAGAGGAAUGUGCAUGCCACAGACCAGGACGCCAUCCGUAUGAUGAUCACACAAGCAAGAAACCACUUGGAAGAGCUUCAGAGCUCACUAGCACUGGCAGGGAACUGAAGGCAGAACAAUUCCGAAGAAUGUUUGUUCCCCGUUUCAUUCAUGAGGAUGAUGAUGUUGAUUCCAGUGGUGUUUAUGAAGCUGCUCGCCAUGUUGGACUGCCUCUACACAAAGCCACCAGCGUCUAAACAGUUGGUAAGACCAGUCUGUUAAGUAUGCACAAAUUCAGACCCAGACGUAGUACAUGGUGUUUGUCAUAUUGUUGCACUAAAUACAUUUUAUGACAUGGUUUUUAAAAAUGUUAAACAUGUGGCCAAGCAUCCAUACGUUCUACUGUUUUUUGUGGGAGAAAUGUGUCAUACAUAAGAAUAAAUACACCCUCGACACACAGCAGUGACAAAUCCAUCCAUUUAUUUCAACAGCAAAAGCAUCCAUGCCAAUUUGAAAACUCAAAUAUAAUUUAUCCAUUGAUCUGUAUGGAAUUAUAGUUAGUUAUUGCUCGGUUGGUCAUAAACAGGUUUUCUAUGUUCUUAAUGAGGAUAUUCCAUUUAUAAAUAAUGUGGAAAAAGUGACUAUAGGGGUGUUAUUUCAUGUCAAGAGGGCUCUAAUGUUAAAACCCAUAAAAAGACGGUAAACAGCUUUUCUAUUACCUUAACUAUGAAGAUAUUCCAUUUACAAAUAAUGUGGGAAAAGGUGACUGUAGGGGUGUUAUUUCAUGUCAAGAGGGCUCUAAUAAUGUUUAAACCCAUAAUAAGGUCAUAAACUAUGCUAUUUCUUUGCUAUAUUCCAUUUAAAAUAAUGUCACCUCCAGCAGUUAACAUCAUUUACAACCACAAACCAACCUUUCAUCAAAGCCUAUUAUCCUGAGAAGAAAACAACCAGAACAGACAUGAAACAUUUUUUAUUGCAUUCCAAUGUCAAUGGUUACAAUAAAUAAUCAUGGCUGAACACACUAAGACACAGACUUUCCCAAACACAGUUUCAGUCAAAUCCGUUGUUGGAUUUGCGUCCAAAAGGCCGUCUGUUCUUCUGCACUUGAAGCUUGAAAUACAAACAAUACAGUGUUAUCACAUCACUGACCUGUAUUUAUGUUUAUUUUCACAUUGUUAUUCGGUGUUUUUGUUGU